CUGUUUGUCUGUGAGCUCCUCUGUCUCCUCUGUCUCCUCUGUCUCCUCUGUCUCCUCAUCCACGGCCAGGUUUUCAUCUCCUCGUCCUUCUUCAGUCCUUCUCUGGUUCUGCUUCAGCCGGUCUCUGGUUCUUCUCUGGUCCUUCAGUCCCUCUUCAGCCGGUCUCUGGUUCUUCUCUGGUUCUUCUCUGGUCCUUCAGUCCCUCUUCAGUCGGUCUCUGGUGGACCCCCAGACUGCAGACCUGGAGCCCUGGUACUCUUACACCCAUUGGUUCCCCAUGGCCUCGUCCCAUGUGAUGAAGGACGGGCCCCCCCCGGGCCCCCCUCCCAGGAUGCAGCCCGCCAUGAUGAUGUUCUCCAGUAAGUACUGGUCCAGGAGGGGGAUGUCCCUGGACUCCGCCAUGUUCCAGCAACAACAACGCCACACGGGGGGGCAGAUGGUGAGUACAGACGCCGUUUAACUCCUUCUUCAUCAUGGGGGGGUCCUCAUCAUCUUCAUCUUCAUCUCUGUUCUCUUCAUCCUCUCCAUCAUCAUCAUCAUCACCCUCCUAUUCCUCAUUUGUUCACACUCUCCUCUCCAUCCUCCUCCUCAUCUUCAUCCUUCAUCUUUCUGUUUUCUUCAUCAUACUUUAUCACCUUCAUCCUCUGACUCCUCCUCCUCCUUGUUAGUCUUUUUUUGUUUGUUUUUGUUUGUUUGUUUUUUGUUUGUUUUCGUUUUUUUUUUUUUUUUUUUUGUUUGUUUGUUUUUUUGUUUGUUUUUGUUUUUUGUUUGUUUUUGUUUGUUUUUGUUUGUUUUUUGUUUGUUUUUGUUUUUGUUUGUUUUUGUUUGUUUUUUGUUUGUUUUUGUUUUUGUUUGUUUUUGUUUUUGUUUUUUGUUUGUUUUUGUUUGUUUUUGUUUUUGUUUGUUUUUUGUUUGUUUUUGUUUGUUUUUGUUUUUGUUUGUUUGUUUUUGUUUGUUUUUGUUUGUUUUUUGUUUGUUUUUGUUUGUUUUUGUUUUUGUUUGUUUGUUUUUGUUUGUUUUUGUUUGUUUUUGUUUUUUGUUUGUUUUUGUUUGUUUUUGUUUUUGUUUGUUUGUUUUUGUUUGUUUUUGUUUGUUUUUGUUUGUUUUUGUUUUUUGUUUGUUUUUGUUUGUUUUUGUUUUUGUUUGUUUGUUUUUGUUUGUUUUUGUUUGUUUUUGUUUGUUUUUUGUUUGUUUUUGUUUGUUUUUGUUUUUGUUUGUUUGUUUUUGUUUGUUUUUGUUUGUUUUUGUUUUUUGUUUGUUUUUGUUUUUGUUUGUUUUUGUUUGUUUUUGUUUGUUUUUGUUUGUUUUUGUUUUUUGUUUGUUUUUGUUUGUUUGUUUCUUAAUGAAUUCUUCAUCGUCGUUGUCGUUCCGCUCCUCCAGUCUCGCCGUACAUCCUUCUGUCCAAUCAAAGAGAAGCCUGAUGCUGAAGGUGAAGCAGAGGAUUCUGGGAAGACGGCGGUGGUUUUUUCUCUGAAGAAUGAGGUCGGCUGUUUGGUCCGAGCGCUGCGAGUUUUUCAGGUCAGAAUAACAAAACAGUUUUUUUCAAAAUAAAACUCGACGAUUUAGUUUAAAUAAAGUUUGAAUUCAAAACAAAUCUGUAAAAAAAAUAAACACUGAAGACCAGAAAAAAAAGGUUUAAAAAUGUCUCUCCUCACCUCCUCCUCUACUUCUCCUUGUCUCCUUCCCACCUCUCCUUGUCGCCUCCCCUCGUCUCCUCCCUACCUCUCCUCCUCUCCUCUCCUUGUCUCCUCCUCUCCUUGUCUCCUCGCCCCCUGCAGGAGAAGCGGGUGAACCUGAACCACAUUGAGUCCCGAGUUUCUCGUCGAGUCCUCAAUGAGGUGGAGAUCUUCGCAGACUGCAGCUGCAGUAAGAAGGAGUUUAACGAACUUCUGCAGCUCCUCAAAGAUCACGUCAACAUCGUGUCCUUCAACACACCUGAGCACACCUGGUCAGCUGAGGCAGGUAACCACAAACACACACAUGAAUGAAUACACAGAUACACACAAAAACACACAGACAAACACUUGGAGUGUGUGUGUCCUCAGAUGAAGAUGAGGUCCCCUGGUUCCCCAUGAAGAUCUCGGAGCUGGACCAGUGUUCCCACAGAGUCCUGAUGUACGGAUCAGAACUGGACGCCGACCAUCCUGUGAGUCUAACUCUGACCUCCACCAGGGAGCAGCAGAGCAGCUGUACUCAGUGUGAUGAAGAACAUGACAAAGCUGAUAAUCAGAUUGGGGUCUCCUAGAGUCACCUGCAGGUCUCCUAGAGUUAGUUGCAGGUCUCCUAGUCUCCCAGAGUUACCUGCGUGUCUCCUGGAGUCACCUAUAGGUCUCCUAAAGUCUCCUAGAGUCACAGACAGGUCUCCUAAAGUCACCUAUAUGUCUCUUAGAGUCUCCUUGAGUCCCCUGCAGGUCUCCUAGAGUCUCCAAGAGGCACCUGUGGGUCAAAUAAAGUCUCCUAGAGUCACCUGCAGGUGUCUUACAGUCUCCUAGAGUCACCUGUAGGUCUGCUAGAGUCUCCUGUGGUCAGCUGUGGGUCUCCUAGAGUCUGCUAGUGUCACAUGUGGGUCUCCUAGAGUCACCUGCAGGCCUCCUUGAGUCUCCUAGAGUCACAUGCCGCUCUCACAGAGUAACCUGCAGGUGUCCUAGAUUCUUCUAGAGUCACCUGCAGGUCUCCUUGAGUCUCCUAGAUCACACGCAGGUCUCCUAGUGUCUCCUGCAGGUCUCCUAGAGUCACCUGCCAGUUUCCUAGAGUCACCUGUGGGUCUCCUAGAGUCUCCUAGAGUAACCUGCAUGUCUCCUAGAGUUACCUGCAGGUCUCCUAGAGUCUGCUAGAGUCACCUGUGGGUCUCCUAGAGUCUCCUGUGGUCAGCUGUAGGUCUCCUAGAGUCUUCUAGAGUCACCUGCAGGCCUCCUUGAGUCUCCUAGAGUCACAUGCCGCUCUCACAGAGUAACCUGCAGGUGUCCUAGAUUCUUCUAGAGUCACCUGCAGGUCUCCUUGAGUCUCCUAGAUCACACGCAGGUCUCCUAGUGUCUCCUGCAGGUCUCCUAGAGUCACCUGCCAGUUUCCUAGAGUCACCUGUGGGUCUCCUAGAGUCUCCUAGAGUAACCUGCAUGUCUCCUAGAGUUACCUGCAGGUCUCCUAGAGUCUGCUAGAGUCACCUGUGGGUCUCCUAGAGUCUUCUAGAGUCACCUGCAGGUCUCCUUGAGUCUCCUAGAUCACAUGCAGGUCUCCUAGUGUCUCCUGCAGGUCUCCUAGAGUCACCUGCCAGUUUCCUAGAGUCACCUGUGGGUCUCCUAGAGUCUGCUAGAGUCACAUGUGGGUCUCCUAGAGUCACCUGCGGGUCUCCUAGAGUCUGCUAGUGUCACAUGUGGGUCUCCUAGAGUCUCCUGUGGUCAGCUGUAGGUCUCCUAGAGUCUUCUAGAGUCACCUGCAGGUCUCCUUGAGUCUCCUAGAGUAACCUGCAUGUCUCCUAGAGUUACCUGCAGGUCUCCUAGAGUCUGCUAGAGUCACAUGUGGGUCUCCUAGUGUCACAUGUGGGUCUCCUAGAGUCACCUGCAGGUCUCCUAGAGUCCCUGGUCCUCUCCCCCUGUCAGGGCUUUAAGGACGAGGUGUACCGUCAGAGGAGGAAGUUCUUCGUAGAGGUGGCCAUGAACUAUAAAUUGUGAGUAUGAUGAGAACUAUUAAAGGACCAUUCCACAGUUAUCCCCCGAUUAUAAAGAGACAGUGAUUCUUCGUUGUUUAUGAGCCCCUCUUGUAUCCCCCCAGUGGACAGCCCAUCCCCCGUAUCGAGUACAGCCUGGAGGAGGUGAAGACGUGGGGCGUGGUCUUCAGAGAGCUGACCAAACUGUACCCGACUCACGCCUGCAGAGAAUACCUGAAGAACCUGCCGCUGCUCACUAAACACUGUGGAUACAGAGAGGACAACAUCCCCCAGCUGGAGGACGUCUCACACUUCCUCAGAGGUCCACCUGUCCACCUGUCGUCUGUCUGUCUGUCUGUCUGUCCACCUGUCGUCUGUCUGUCUGUCUGUCUGACGGUCCACUUAAAGCUUUCGUUUUUGUCGUGUCCACACGUAGCCGAGUUUCUGCUAAAACAAACGUGUUUGUCCGAUUCGGCCUGUCGUCCACAUGAAGCCGCAGGAAUACGUCAUUAAAAACGGAGCUUUUGAAAAUCUCCAGUUCUGCGUUUGCGUGUGGACAAAGAUGACGGGGGUUUUAAAUUCUUAAACGUCAUUGUCCACGACAGCGGACAGAUAAACGUCGUAUACUUUGCGCCUUCUUUUCUGUCAGGCAGUGAACGACAGAUAAAUACAGGAUAUUGAUUUCUGUGGAGGAGUGAUUUGCAGUCGGUAAUUCUCCACCAAAUGAUCCUUCCUCCACCUUCAUGUGUCUUGUUGACUUUAUUCUCCGAAAUGAUGCUUUAGUAACUCCACCUCUUUGUCGGUCCACACCAACAAACUUCACGGCGCUUUGUUCAUGUUUGGAGAAGUGACGAUGAGAAAGGGAAGCUCUCUGAUUGAAUCUGACUUUUUGGCAAAUAUUACCAACUCCAGGUUCCUCAUUUAUCGUAGAAAAGGUUCUAAAUUCUGUCGUAGGAAUAAAAUGUCGAAUAAAAACAUUAAAAUCUGUAUUUCACAAACAUGCAGACACGGUCGUACGAACACGCGUCAGUGAUCGGUGAUGAUAAAUCCCACCUGUUCUUUCGUAGCGUGCUCGUUCAUGGUUAGGGUCAUUAACAUUCAGACACGCCCCUCGCUGAGAUCAUGGAGGUGACCACUCACAGAGCUGUUCUGCUGAACGAAGGAGUCGUGUGUUUGUUGUGGCGUGAAAUCCUCGGCGUGUUGCUGAUGUGUGUUUGGGAACUGGAUGUAAGUCAACUCUGCCGACAUGAUUCUGCUUAACGUUGGCUGUGACGUGUGUGUGUGUGUGUGUGUGUGUGUGUGUGUGUGUGUGUGUGUGUGUGUGUGUGUGUGUGUGUGUGUGUGUGUGUUUCAGAGCGCUCCGGGUUCACAGUCCGACCUGUCGCAGGUUACCUGUCUCCCAGAGACUUCCUGGCGGGGUUAGCUUACCGGGUGUUUAACUGCACUCAGUAUGUUCGACACAGCACAGACCCCCUCUACACACCUGAGCCGUGAGUUCACCUGCGAUCAAUAAAAAUCUAAUCAAUAAUUCUUUUUGGAUAUUUAUUAAAACAUUUCCCCUGAAAUGUGAAAAGAGCUUUUAUUUUGUUUGUAAAUAGAGCUGUAGUUUGUAAAUAGAGCUGUAGUUUGUUUGUAAACAGAGCUGUAGUUUGUUUGUAAACAGCUGUAGUUUAUAAACAGAGCUGUAGUUUGUUUGUAAACAGAGCUGUAGUUUGUUUGUAAAUAGAGCUGUAGUUUGUAAACAGAGCUGUAGUUUGUUUUGUAAACAGCUGUAGUUUGUUUGUAAACAGAGCGGUAGUUAGUUUGUAAAUAGAGCUGUAGUUUGUUUGUAAACAGCUGUAGUUUAUAAACAGAGCUGUAGUUUGUUUGUAAACAGAGCUGUAGUUUGUUUGUAAAUAGAGCUGUAGUUUGUAAACAGAGCUGUAGUUUGUUUAUAAACAGAGCUGUAGUUAGUUUGUAAAUAGAGCUGUAGUUUGUUUGUAAACAGAGCUGUAGUUUGUUUAUAAACAGAGCUGUAGUUUGUUUGUAAACAGAGCUGUAGUUAGUUUGUAAACAGAGCUGUAGUUUGUUUGUAAACAGAGCUGUAGUUUAUAAACAGAGCGAUAGUUUGUUUGUAAACAGCUGUAGUUUGUUUGUAAACAGCUGUAGUUUGUUUGUAAACAGAGCUGUAUUUAGUUUGUAAACAGAGCUGUAGUUUGUUUGUAAACAGAGCUGUAGUUUGUUUGUAAACAGCUGUAGUUUAUAAACAGAGCUGUAGUUUGUUUGUAAACAGAGCUGUAGUUUGUUUGUAAACAGAGCUGUAGUUUGUUUGUAAACAGAGCUGUAGUUUGUUUGUAAACAGCUGUAGUUUGUUUGUGAACAGCUGUAGUUUGUUUGUAAAUAGAGCUGUAGUUUGUUUGUAAACAGCUGUAGUUUGUUUGUAAACAGAGCUGUAGUUUGUUUGUAAACAGAGCUGUAGUUUGUUUGUAAAUAGAGCUGUAGUUUGUUUGUAAAUAGAGCUGUAGUUUGUUUGUAAACAGCUGUAGUUUGUUUGUAAACAGCUGUAGUUUGUUUGUACAGAGCUGUAGUUUGUUUGUAAACAGCUGUAGUUUGUUUGUAAACAGCUGUAGUUUGUUUGUAAACAGAGCUGUAGUUUGUUUGUAAAUAGAGCUGUAGUUUGUUUGUAAAUGGAGCUGUAGUUUGUUUGUAAAUAGAGCUGUAGUUUGUUUGUAAAUGGAGCUGUAGUUUGUUUGUAAACAGCUGUAGUUUGUUUGUAAACAGCUGUAGUUAGUUUGUAAAUAGAGCUGUAGUUUGUUUGUAAAUAGAGCUGUAGUUUGUUUGUAUCUUUAGGGACACGUGUCAUGAGCUCCUGGGUCACGUUCCUCUCCUCGCUGAUCCAAAGUUCGCUCAGUUUUCUCAGGAGAUCGGUUUGGCCUCUUUGGGAGCGUCUGAUGAGGAUGUGCAGAAACUCGCUACAGUGAGUUUUAACUGCUGUGACAGAUUUUCGUGUUUUAACGACGUUUUCUUCGUACCUGCUGACGUCCUCGGGGUUCUGUCAUGUUUCUUCGUUUACAGUGUUAUUUCUUCACCAUCGAGUUUGGGCUGUGUAAACAGGACGGUCAGCUGAGAGCUUAUGGAGCGGGAUUACUGUCGUCUAUUGGAGAGCUGAGGGUCAGACACACACACACACACACACACACACACACACACACACACACACACACACACACACACACACACACAGCUGUAUAUUAACUGUGAUAAAUAGGUUCACAGGUCGAACCAUAAACUGUUUUCACGUCAGACGUUGGAAAACAAAAACACGAGAUCUUGACUUUGGUGAUGUGAAGUUGGUUCGGUGAACUUUAAUCAGAUUCAAACAGUUUUUUUAAAUAUUUUUUUAUAUGAUGAUAUAUUAUUACGAUGUUACGUAUAGAAAUAUUGAACACUAAACUGCAGAGAUGACUGACGGUGUGGACGUUUUUCCCCCAGCACGCUCUGUCUGACCAGGCGUGUGUAAAGACCUUUGACCCCAAGACGACCUGUGACCAGGAGUGUCUGAUCACCACCUUCCAGGAAGUUUACUUUGUGUCUGACAGCUUCGAGGAGGCCAAGGAGAAGAUGAGGUACACACACACACACACACACAGAUCAGUGGUUCACACAGUGUGCGGCGUCUCCUCUGAGGGUGGAUGAACUAACGGGACAUGAUCAUUAACGAAGGUGUUUCACGUUUGUAGAAAUAGAAGAUGUUCCUUUAACUGAAAUUCCAGAAUGAAUAAAGAGUUCAUCAUUUAAACGAGUUUCUGAAAAAGUGCGAUGAGUGUUUUCAGAUCUGAGUGUGUUGAACACAGAGCAGCGCUGUGGAGAACAAACACGAAGAUAAUUAAAGAUUUUUAUAAGUUACAAACAUUUUUGUUUUUGUUGAUUUUAAGCUCAAAACUUUUCUCCCCCCCCCCUCUCUGUUCAGGGACUUUGCGAAGACCAUCAAGCGUCCGUUCUCCGUCUACUAUAACCCGUACACUCAGAGCAUCGAUCUGCUUAAAGACACUCGCAGUAUCGAGAACGUGGUCCAGGACCUUCGCAGCGACCUCACCACCGUCUGUGACGCUCUGGGCAAGAUGAACACCUACCUGGGCAUCUGAGGCCACGCCCCCUCUGAGCUGUGAUUGGUGGGAAACAUUAGUGACAUUGUAAUGUUUCUGCGGAACGCCACACCUGUAACAAAAACGUCUGAAUCACCUGAAGAUGUAAAAAAAAGAGAAACACAGCGAGAACAGAACUCAGGAAAAGGACGCUGAAGAUAAUGAGGAUAAUGUUUAAAUAUUGUUUGUUGUGAAGUAAAUCUGGAUGUUCAAUAGUCUUCAGUAAAGUUUGUUUCCCCAGUCUGA